AUGUCCUUCGCUCUAAUUUUCUUCCCGCACACACGAACAAGCGAUGUGGUGCCGAUUUCGUCGAUUCCUCACGGCACGAAGACUGGUGAUACCACCAAGGUCCGCUGGGAAGGGAGGUCCUACAAAGGGAAGGUGCUCUUUGUGGGACCAAAGGAAUUGUGUGAAAUGAAGACGUCCUCGGUCAGUACUGAUGGUGAGCUGGUCGAGGACGUCUUCGAUGUGUCCUGCGCUCUUGCGGACCAGGUUUCGGCAUCCCAAACAGACACUGCUGGAGAACGGUCAAGCGCUAGGGAAAGGGAGGAAAUGAUGAGGUCCAUAAGGAUGGAAGAAGAUAUAUCGCUCAUAAAGAACAUGCUAAUCCAGAUAAACGCAACUCUCGCGGCGCACUCUCAAAGAAUGGAUAUUCUGGAGCAAAUUGGCAACAUCGUUUAUGCCUACGCCAGCCCGAAGACAGUCGCCGAAUUGAGGGAGCUAAAGGGGCAGAAUAAAAACCAAUUUUCUAUAAGGACGAUCCUAACAGAAUUGGAGCGGCUUGUGGAUGAGCGCGUUGCGACAAAAGACAGGGUUGUUUUCAUCCAGCAGUGUUUGUGCAAAUACUAUGACAUCCCCGAAAACGCUCGCGAAGAUGUAUGGAGGAAAGCGAAAGACGCUCUCAACAGCCGCGUGCGACGUCUCCGGAAAGCUAUGAGGGACGGGCAAACCAGCGCGCAAAAUGUUGACCAAGGGGACGAGUUCUCUCGUUUGGAUUUAUAUGAUUAA